AUGCUGCUGAGAACUCUCAGCAGCCUUCAAUCGUUGCACAGUGAAGAGUGGAGACGAUCAGGCACAGAGAAGCUGUCGGUGAAGAGCGGAGAAACCAGCAAAACAGCUUGCAAAACCUUCACAAAUUCACAUGCUAUGUCACUCUUUCUUCUCCUUCUCUUUUUCGUUCCCCUUUACGCUCGCCGUAUCAACUCUCCGGCUUUAUUAGAGGUGUCUUUAGCAUCACAAGGAAGAGUCGUCCUUAGUUCUCAUAGAAGUAAGCAUUCCACCGCCAAAUUCAACGGUGGAGCAACCACUUCUCCUCCCAAGAGUACAGCUCCUACUCCUCCUGGUAGGGGUGGUGGUACCAAGAUGGCGAGGAGUACAAACCGAGAAUUUCAGGCAGCUGCACAUGAGGUUCCCAGAGGCCCGAAUCCUAUUGGCAACGGAUAA